AACACGCAGGUCAGCUCAGUCCACCCGCGGAGUCAGUCAUCAUCUGUCGUGCAAAGAAACCAGAACACAAAUUGUGCUGCACAAUCUUGCCAGAUAUUCUCAAACUUUUGAUAAAAAUCGAAUCAAAUCAAGAAUUGUUUCGCAGUCGCGAGUUUCGAGGGAACUUCGGACUAACUAUGAAGGUCAGACGAACAACCAAUCUCUUUACGAGAGAUGUUGAAAUUCAACGAUACGACGGUUCCAUCGUCAAAGCAAUUGAACUUUUUGAAGGCCCUGACAACAAUGCUGCUGCGCCGUACAUCGUUUACCCGAACAACAACCAAACUGUGUCAUCAUCAUCGUCGGCGGCUUCUUCAAAGUCUUCUGAGGCACAGGAAUUCCUGUGCCAAAGCUGCACCAAGAAAUUCUCCUCGGCGUCAAUGCUCAAGCGUCAUGAAAUUAUUCACCAGGGGACUUUUAUUUGCCCAGAAUCAGGUUGUGGAUCACGAUAUCGGAAUAAAACUACACUUACGAAACAUCGAGUAGCUGAGCAUGGAUUAGUCCUUCAUCGCAGUCAACGCCGACUACAACCACGUCGCCCUACAACACCCAAAUUCGAACUUUCCGGCAAUUCAGAAAUCUUGGACGACUCGUCUGAAAAAAUGGACGAUCAUUCAGAAAUAUUGGACAAUUAUUUACAAACAUCUAAGGAUUAUUCAGGAAGCUUUAACGAUUAUUCAGGAAGAUUGGACGAUUGGUCAGGAAAAAUGGAGGAUCUUUCAGAAACAUUGGACAAUCAUUCACAGACAUUGGACGGUCAUUCAGAAACAAUGAACGAUUAUUUACAAACAUUGGACGAUUAUUUACAAACAUCUGAAGAUUAUUCGGGAAGUUUGAACGAGUAUUCAGGAAUUUUGGACGAUUGUUCACAAUCACCUGAGGAUUAUUCAGGAAGCUUGAACGAGCAUUCAGGAAUUUUGGACGAUUGUUCAGAAACAUUGGACGAUAAUUCGGGAACCUUGAACGAGCAUUCAGGAAUUUUGACUGAGUAUUUACAAACUUCUGACGAUUAUUCGGGAGGCUUGAAUUCUGGAAAUUUGGACGAAGACAUCACGAAAACCAUGCUCAAGAUAGACUCAAAUUUGUACUCAUCUUUCUCAGAUAAAUCUGAAUAAUGCCACUUGUUAUUUGAAGCUCUUGU